GACUCUAUAAAAGACUAGGAGCACUGAAUACCGACAUCACAACUAGUUGUAUCAAAAGUACGAACGAACGAUCACAUCACGAAGACAACAAAUCAUCGAUAUGGUUUCUAAGAUUGUAUUAGCCCUGUGUGUUUUGGUGGCAGUUGCGUCAGCCGUGCCAGCGGGUGGAGGCCCUGGCGGCUGGCCAGCGGCUGGCGGUUGGGGUGCGCCCGCAGCCGGUGGUUGGGGUGCGCCCGCAGCCCCUGGUUGGGCCCCCGCAGCCAACCCCUUCAUCCCUCCGUGGAUCGCCUCCGCGCCCUGGUUCCCCGUCUUCGCCCCUUGCACCACCGUCGGAAGCAGCUGUCUAGACUGUAAGACCAAGUCUGUAUGCACGAAGAUUGGUGCUAUCCAGCGCGCCUGCACCGACCCUACCCUGCCUUACUGCAACCUCGGAAACUGCACGGCCACGCCUUCUGCUGAUUGCGCCCCGAUCUCCGCGGCGCCUGCCACAGUCUAAUUCAACACUAGUAGACUAUAGACAUCAGUAAACAACUGUCACGAAUUCAACCUCAGGAGUAUUGCGACUGAUGUGUAAACCAAGUAUACUCAAA